CUUUCAUCAAGCGUGUUUGUUAUGGUUAUCGAUCGGAAAUAGAGAUCUCGGAGUGAAUUUGUCGGGUUAUCGGGUCACUGGAGCAUAUAAGGGCAGGGAAGAUGAAGAAGGAAGAAGACGGGGAAGAAAUGGGUUAAAAAAUUUGCUGUGUUCGAAGAACAAUGUGUUCUGCUGCAGAAAUGGGUGCAUAUUUUCCGGAUGAAUUGCCUUUAAUACCGGAACAUCCACCAGAUUUUGAAGAGAAAGUGUCAACAGCAUAUGGAAAUGUGAAGGUGACCGUUUAUGGAAAUCGGCAAUCAAGCCCUAUUGUUACAUUUCACGAUAUGGCACUAGAUUCGGAAACAAAUUUCCAAAAUUUUUUCCAAUAUGCCACAGCUGGAGAAUUUCUAUCAAAUUUCUGCAUCUACAACAUCAAUGCUCCAGGUCAAGAAAUGGAUGCUGCUCCACUACCGGAUCAUUAUGUCUAUCCGACAAUGGAUGCCCUCGUUCAGAUUGUUGAUAAUUGCGUGGAACAAUUCAAAAUCCGAGAAUUUAUUGGCUUAGGAGUGGGUGUUGGUGCUAAUGUCAUGCUACGUUAUGCACUCCAAAAUCAAUCAAAGAUGGACGCCUUAAUACUAGUCAAUUGUGUGGCAACGAGUGCAGGUUGGAUUGAAUGGUUCUAUCAGCAGAUCAAUAUUCGCUCGUUGCGUACACGUGGGAUGACGAAUUUCUCGGUUGACUAUUUGUUAUGGCAUCAUUUCGGAAAUCACGUUACACUAUAUGCUCCCGAUACUGUUCGUCGGUAUCGUGCAUAUUUGCAGCACCUUCCAAAUCCGAAAAAUUUGGCUGCUUUCAUCGAAACUUAUCUGAAUCGCACACCGAUAUCUGUUUCGCGUGAUGGUACAAUGGGCCCGAAGUUGAACGUACCUGUCCUACAAAUUGUAGGUGCUGAUUCUGCGUUUGUCAGAGAUUCGGUGGAAUUGAAUGCUCGAUUGAAUCCAGUCGAUUCAGAAUGGCUCAAGCUUUCGGGAUCAAGUGGACUUGUUUUGGAUGAUAAACCGGAAGGUGUGGCACAAGCAAUUAUUUUGUUCCUACAAGGACGUGGUUUUGUGCCAACUACAAAUGUACAGGAUAUGAUGCGCAAAAUUUCGGUACAAUCGACAGUUGAUUGUGGUGACGAAACAAUAACAAUAUUGGAAAAUAUAAACGAAAUGACUUAACUAUCGAAAUUGACCAACUUUUUUUUGAUUUCUUUUAACAUUUUUUAUAUUUAUUUAUAUUUAUUCUCUUCAUCACUCAUUUACAUGACCUGUUUAUAUUGCCUUCUACAAAUAAUACAGUAUUUAUUUUCUCCUUCUGUUAUUUCAUAGUUUUUCGAAUCAUUACUACAUGGGCUGGUUCUUAUAUUUCAUUCUAAUUCAC